AUGGAAGAUGGUCAGAAGGUCAUUGCCAAGAUCCCCCAUCCUAACGCAGGACCGCCUGUACUCACAACGGCAUCUGAGGUCGCUACCAUGGAGUUUGCGCGAGACAUCCUAAGCUUGCCUGUGCCAAAGGUGCUUGCUUGGAGUGCCACUGAUCAGAAUCCUGUCGAGGCCGAAUAUAUCAUCAUGGAAGAAGCGCGAGGGUCGCGGCUUAAUGACAUUUGGCAAGACCUUCAACUACCUGAGCAGCGUGACAUUAUCUUGGAGCUGGUCAAAAUUGAGACCAAAUUUCUCUCGGUAUGCUUCGAGAAAAUAGGCUCCUUGUACUACGCAGACAGCGGUAUCUCAAAAUGCGAGCCUGCGAUAGCCACUGGUCCGCAGGAAAUGGCCGAUGCCUUGAAAUCCCGCUUCUGCAUAGGCCCUACUGUUCAACCGGAAUUCUGGGAAAAGGAGCGCCGUCACAUGCAUCAAUACCAAGGGCCAUGGACCUCUGCAGUGGAAUAUCUGGAGUCAAUUGUUAAACGCGAGAUCGAAUGGAUCGGAUCUUAUGCUGACCCGCGGCAAGCCAGGGUUGAUCCAGGACAAUUCACCAGCCCCCAGCAAAAUUCUCCACAUGCGCAUAUAGAAACCUUGAAGAAGUUCUUGCCUGCUAUCCCUCUCAUAGUCCCCAAGGAUCCUGACGUGGUCUCGCCGAGAUUCUGGCGUCCCGAUUUGCACCGCGGCAACAUAUACGUCGACGACCAGCGUAGAAUCUCAUGUAUCAUCGACUGGCAAAGCGCCACAAUCGCCCCUCUUAUAUUCGCCGCAAACCCUCCACCACUUCUAGACUACACGGUGGAGAAGAUGUACUAUUUGCCGCCACAUUACGAGAGUUUGAAAGAAGGGGAGGAAAAGCAAAAGCUCAGACACCAAGUGUCACAGACCAUCUUGAUAGACGUUUACGAGAGGACCACUGCAGCAGAAAACCCGCUUAUGAUUAAGAUGAUGACCACGUAUCAGGGUCGAACGUUGAAACAGCUUCAUGCGUUUGUCGGGGGUACGUGGGAUAACUGUCUUUACCCAUUGCAGGGGUGUAUGAUCAUAGCUAGGAGAGAGUGGGAGGAUUUUGAUACUGAUGAACCAUGUCCGUAUAGCUUUUCGGACGAAGAGAUCCAAAAGAUAUAUGACGAUGCCGAUGCUUUCAACGAAAACCGGGACUUCUGGAGGGAUGUCAGCCACAUAUUAUCAGACAAUGGGUAUACGCCGAAUGACACCUACGAUGAAGCGAUGGAUAUCUUCAAGAACAAACUGCCGAAAGUGGCGAAACGAGAUGAUUCAAGUCCAUCCUCGACGUCGUAG